AUGCCGUAUUACGUCAGGUUUCUCUUUUUACUUUUGUGUUUGAUUCUGAUCGCUGAGUGCCGGAAACACAAAAGUAGGAAAAAGCGGUGGUCUGCGCCGGCGGAGACUCACAAGCCAGGAAGUCCCCUGUCCAAGAAGGUCGCGGAUGGAACCAAAACCCGAAAGGUGAAGACCGCCCACCUGCUGCGCAUAGACGAACAUGACUUCACCAUGAGGCCCGCCUUUGCAGGUCCAGCUGUUCCUGUUGGUGUGGAUGUUCAGGUGGAGAGCUUGGACAGCAUAUCAGAGGUAGACAUGGACUUUACCAUGACCCUGUAUCUGAGGCAUUACUGGAAGGAUGAGAGGCUGGCCUUCCCAAGCACCACCAACAAGAGCAUGACCUUCGACGGCCGUCUGGUUAAGAAAAUCUGGGUUCCUGAUGUGUUCUUCGUUCACUCCAAGAGGUCUUUCAUCCACGACACCACCACUGACAACAUCAUGCUACGGGUCUUCCCUGAUGGUCACGUCCUCUACAGCCUGAGGGUUACAGUUACUGCUGCAUGCAACAUGGAUUUCAGUCGGUUCCCAUUGGACUCGCAGACAUGCACGCUGGAGCUGGAGAGCUAUGCUUACACAGACGAGGACCUGAUGCUGUAUUGGAAAAGUGGUGAUGAGUCCUUGAGUACUGAUGACAGGAUUUCUCUGUCUCAGUUCCUCAUCCAGAAGUUUCACACUACCUCCAGACUGGCUUUCUACAGCAGCACAGGCUGGUACAACCGUCUGUACAUCAACUUCACUCUGCGGCGUCACAUCUUCUUUUUCCUGCUGCAGACCUACUUUCCUGCCACGCUGAUGGUCAUGCUGUCCUGGGUGUCCUUUUGGAUUGACCGCAGGGCCGUGCCCGCUAGGGUCUCAUUAGGUAUAACCACAGUGCUCACCAUGUCUACCAUCAUCACUGGAGUCAACGCCUCCAUGCCCAGGGUCUCCUACAUCAAAGCUGUGGAUAUUUACCUCUGGGUUAGUUUUGUCUUUGUCUUCCUGUCUGUACUCGAAUACGCUGCUGUCAACUAUCUGACAACGGUGAGGGACGGGAAAGACCGGAAGCUCAGAGAAAAAGUGAGGGAACAGUCCCAGACACUCCCCUGCACCUGCGGCAUGUCUCAUGCCAGGACCAUGAUGCUGGAUGGGACGUAUAGCGAGGCGGACGUCAACAGCCUGGCAGGGUACACCAGGGCCUCCAUGGUAGCCGAGGAAGCGUCAGAAAAACAGGAGCGAAUGGUGGUGCAUCUCUCCCUGGACAACGAGUCCACAGGGACCAAGAAAAAGGGCAUCCGUGGCUUCCGGAUUAUCCAGAACACCCACACCAUCGACACCUACUCUCGCAUGAUCUUCCCUGGAGCCUACAUCCUCUUUAACCUGAUUUACUGGUGUGUGUACUGCUGA